AUGACAAUUAUGCAUAGAUUUGUAGAAUUGGAUGACAAAUUAGAUGAAUUAAAUGCGAAACCUGACUACGAACGGCGUUUUAGGAAAAUUGUAUCUGAGCUAAUUUUUCUCUGCUCAAUUAUUAUAAUAUCUGUAUUGACACAUUCAGCCAUCCUAAAUCCAGAUGGAGUCACAAUAAGGAUUAAUACACUGUACUUUUGGUUUAUUUGUUUCUUUCCAAUAAUUGUCAACUCUCUAAUCAUUAAUGAACUUAUGAUUCAGGCUAUGCCACUUUUUGGUAUAAAAGUUACAAAGGACAAUUUAUUUUCUUUGAAGGAAACCACCAAGCAGGAUAAGCUUCCAAUAGCUGGUCAAAAAUUAGAUGAAUUUGUUCAACGUUUGUCGUUUAUUCAUGCUGCUUCCUCUGGCAUAGUAAGGCGGAUUGUUGGCGUAUUCGGUUUACAUAUAUUAAUAAAUAUUGGGAUAUAUUUUGGAGUCAUAACAAUAAAAUCGUAUCACAUGUUUGCUAUGAUUAUUGGAAAUUCUGAACUGGAUUUAGCAACUUUUGCUUCUAUUUUAACUUUAAUAGUUGUGCUAUUCAGUGUAAUUGUGUCUAUAGCAACAUACUCUUCAUUUUUGGAAUCUGAGUCGAAAAAAACUGGGAUGCUUAUUCAUACAUGGAAUGUCAGCAAUUGUGACAAUUUAGUACAGAACUCGAUUGAAUUAUUUUCAAUGCAAGUACUACAUAACAAUCUGAACUUAACUGCUUGUGGAUUUUUUAAUUUGAACUUUGGGUUAUUGACUUCGAUAAUAGGAGGCGUCGCUACAUAUUUGGUUAUAAUAAUUCAGUUUCAUGUCUCUACAAAUACGUCGAUCGCAUAG